AUGGAAAAAUUUAAACUUAGUAAAGAAAAAUUAGCAAAGGAAAAAAUUGAAAAUGGCUUACAUUAUGAAGCACAUCAAUUAAUAAAAUCAAUUAUAAAUAGGAAAUUACAGAAAAACCAAAUAAACAGUUGUAUAAGUAUUUUAUUUUAUUUUUCUUUAAAAUUUGCAAACUCAAAACAGUAUGUUUUAUUAUGUGAUUUAAUGUAUCAAUGUUGUAUUAUAUUAAUACAGAAAAAUAUAAAAUUUAAUUUAGAUUAUGCUAAUAAAAUAAUUGAAAUUUUUAAAAAAUGUCCACCUAAAUCAACUGAAGAAAAAUAUAAAUUUAUGAAUAAAUCUAUUUUAUGGUCAAAAAAUGAAGAAAAUAUAUAUGGAUAUCUAGAAUUUCAUAAAACUAUAGGUUAUUCUUAUUUUGAAGAAAAACAAUAUGGUUUAUCUCAUAAUCAUUUUAUUUAUUUAGAUGAUAAUGAAAUUUUGUAUAAAAUAAUUUGCUUAUGGAAAAAAGAAGCAUAUCCCAGUGAAAGUCAUUUUUUUGUUUUAAGGACAGUUUUAUGUUUGCUUGUUUUAAACAAAUUUAAUCAAGCUUUAAAUCUUAUAAAUAUGUUUGAAUCAAAUUUAAAUAGGAAAGAUGUUCCUUUACCAAUUCAAUUAGCUUAUUUAAUUGCUUGUUCUUGCAUAUAUAAAAGCUUGGCAUUAUAUGAGGAUGUUAAAUAUAAAUAUAGAUUAAUAUUAAAUUAUGAUCCCGAAUUUCAAAAAUACAUUAAAGUAAUAGAUACCUCUGUUUUUAAUAAAAGAAAAAAUGACAUAUUUAGUAUUUUUCAAAGUAUAUUUACAUGA